CGGACCGUUGCACCGACAUCGUUGUCUGGUCUCCCGAGGACGUUCAUCAUGAGAAUCACCCUUCUGAUCGCUGUCCUUGUCUUCGCCGUCCUCUCAGAGGCACGAGCUCCACCUCCAGGAGGAAGAGGUGGCCCCCCACCAACAGGUGCCGACGGACUAGCUCUUCCACCACCGACAGGUCCUGAGCCAACAGGCGAUGUCCCACCACCACGAGGUGGACGACAACCUAGGGAAGCUCCUCGGGGAUUUAGAGGCGGUCCUCCCCCGACUGGUGCCGACGGACUAGCUCUACCUCCACCCACUGGUCCUGAGCCAACAGGCGAUGUCCCACCACCACGAGAUGCAAGACAAGGCAGGGAAGGUCCACGGGGAGGCAGAGGUGGUCCUCCACCGACUGGUGCUGAUGGACUAGCUCUUCCACCACCGACUGGUCCUGAGCCAACAGGCGAUGUCCCACCACCACGAGGUGGCAGACAACCUAGGGAAGCUCCUCGGGGUGGAAGACGAGGUCCUCCUCCAACUGGUGCCGACGGUCUAGCUCUUCCACCACCGACUGGUCCUGAGCCAACAGGCGAUGUCCCACCACCACGAGGUGGAAGACAACCCAGGGAAGCUCCUCGGGGAUUCAGAGGAGGUCCACCACCGACCGGUGCCGACGGACUAGUUCUUCCACCACCGACUGGUCCUCAGCCAACAGGAGAUUUCCUACCACCACGAGAUGCAAGACAAGGCAGGGAAGGUCCUCGGGGAGGCAGAGGUGGUCCUCCGCCGACUGGUGCUGACGGACUAGCUCUUCCACCACCAACUGGUCCUGAGCCAACAGGUGAUGUCCCACCACCACGAGGUGGAAGACAAGCCUAAGAUGAUUGGGUCAGUUGAUCGAGGACAUGUUGGACAACAAAGUUGAUUCUUUACAUCGAAGCUGAUUUCUAGCAGACUAAACUGUCUGGUGUCUAUAACGACAGAACUGUACUGUAAGAAUCCACUUUCCAAAAUAAAGAAUCACUGAAAUACA